UUUAUUAAGUCUGAUGAGGAAGCUACAGGUGAAAACACUGUCAGCUCACCUGAACGACCUCCUGAUCAGUAACUAUCACACCUGGACCAACUAUCACAACUUGAUCAGUUUUCUCAUCCUGGAUCGAUAAAUCACACCUGGACCAUGUCUUCAUCAGUGCCAGCUUCAGCAGGUGGAGUGCAGGUGGUCACUCUGGAGGACUCUCAGCAGGUGAACGUGAUGCAGACCUUCAGCCGGAUGAGUCCGCUCACUCUUGGGGUGGUUCAGAUCAUGAUCGGCAUGAUGGUGAUUUUGUUUGGGAUCCCAUGGCAAUGGAUGGAUUUCCCCUGCUAGUGGUGUAUAGCGGUACCUUUGUGUGGGGAGCGUUGCUCUAUAUCAUAACUGGCUCCAUCACAGUGGCUGUUUGGAAAUUUUCCAGCAUCUAUCUGGUGAAAACUGCUUUGUCCUUGAACAUAUCUUCUGCUAUAACUUCAUUUAUAAUGGCCGUCCUUCUGUCUGUCGACGCUUCACGGACAUCGGGUCUGGUUGAGGGUUUCUUCGGGGUCCUGGUUGUGUUCCACUUCUUGCAGCUGGCUGUUUCGCUAACAGUCAUAGUGUUUGCCUCCUUAGCUACCUGUGAAUGUACCUGUAAGGAACAGCUUUUAACUGUCUUUGUCACACCUGGAAGUACAUCAAUGGCUGCACAAGCUCCGCCCCCUUCCUAUUCACCACCUGCCCCCUCUGAUAAGCCCGUCACCCUACAGAUGCAGAGCUAAACCAGCAGAGGGAGGAAGAAGUCUGAGCCCACGGUUUAAUCAGCUGAAGAGACGCCCGCUCUUAAAGCACGAUAUUAAUAACUCGUCAUAUUCACCGGUUUUGAAUCGCGUCCGAUCCCUGAAUUAUAUCCACUCCUAAACUCACCUGCUGCGCUUUCAUUGGCUGGAGGAAACACACCAGCUCCGCCCAGAAACGUCCAGAG